AUAGCCUCAAGGAGCCCACAAAACAAAACGUCCCAGCUACAAGGGUCUUACACUGCCUCCUAAGAUCCAUAUAUAAACCAGCACACUAGAGCACGGAGAUAUAUAGAAGACUCAAGGGAAGAGUGACGUUUUACUUCCAUGGACUUGGAGUCUUCAGAGUUAACAGGUUUGUUUUGCUGAGACCUGAGGACACUUGUUGGAGAAGCAUUUCUGAACUUUGCACAACACAGCACAGCUUUUGAAAAGAAUGGCUCAGCGACAGAACUCCGACAAAGACCCGACUAUUGAACUCUUCAUAAAGGCUGGCCACGAUGGAGAGAACAUGGGCAACUGCCCCUUCUGCCAGAGGCUCUUCAUGGUCCUGUGGCUAAAAGGAGUCAAGUUCACCGUGACAACCGUCGACAUGAGGAAAAAACCAGCCGAGCUGAAGGAUUUGGCACCUGGGACCAACCCUCCGUUCCUCCUGUACAACGGCACCCUCAAGACGGACUUUAUCAAGAUCGAGGAGUUUCUGGAACAGACAUUGGCCCCUCCCAGGUAUCCACACCUUAGCCCACUCAGCAAAGAGUCCUUUGACGUGGGCGCUGACAUUUUCGCCAAGUUUUCUGCUUUCAUCAAGAAUAGCCCAGCCAACAGUACUUUCCAUGAGAAGGCGCUGCUGCGGGAGUUCAAGCGUCUGGAUCUCUACCUGACCUCCCCCGUCCCUGAAGAGAUUAACCAAAACUCCAGAGAAAACAUCCUUGUCUCCAAGAGGAAGUUCCUGGAUGGCAACCAUCUCACCCUGGCAGACUGCAACCUGCUGCCCAAGCUGCAUGUCAUCAAGAUUGCUGCCAAGAAGUACUGUGACUUUGACAUCCCGGUCCAGUUCACUGGUGUAUGGAGGUACCUGAACAAUGCCUACGAGAGGGAGGAGUUCAGUCAGACCUGCCCUGCCAACAUUGAGAUCGAGAAGGCUUACCUGGACGUAGCCAAUAAGAGGCUGUAAACCUAUAACCAAUCUUUAGCCAACAAUUACACAACCAUUACACAACUAUUACACAACAUUUCCUCUUUUAUUGUUACCAUGGAAAUGGUAACCCAUUCACAAAACAUGAAGGAAUUUUGGGAGGGGCCAGCAAUCAUUAUUGAAAUAUCUCAUGUCAACUGUUUAAAAAUCAACAUUUAUAAAUUCCUGCAUGAGGAUGCAGAUAGGCAUUCUAGAAAUCAAAGUUCACAAAGAGACCCCCUCCUGCUUAAUGUGCAUUAUGUUAAUUUAGCACUAUAGG